CCUUCGGGGGUAGGGCCAGGACCAAGAGAAGGCGGGGUCAAGAUGUGGUCACACCCACCACUGGUCAUUUGACGCCCUCCCCCUCCGACUCUCUACCACUAGCCAAUAAGAAGUCUCCCUAUACCAAGCGUCAACCAAUGGGCUAUGCGGCCGGCUGCUUCCGGCUCUGCGCCGCCUUCGCCUCUUUUCCCCUGGGCUGCCAGCGACAGGCGGGGCUCCUGGUGGCGGGCGUCGGCCUGGGUGCUGCGCGGCGGGCAGGGGGCCAAUAGGGGGCGGGAUCUGAGAUGAUAGACGGGCCCAGCGACCAGUGGCGAGGCGCCGGCCGUACUUCCCGUCGGGGAGAGAGUGUAAUAUGGCGAAGACCUACGAUUACCUGUUCAAGCUGCUGCUGAUCGGGGACUCGGGGGUAGGGAAGACCUGUGUCCUGUUCCGCUUCUCCGAGGACGCCUUCAACUCCACAUUCAUCUCUACCAUAGGAAUUGACUUUAAAAUUAGGACUAUAGAACUUGAUGGCAAGAGGAUUAAACUGCAGAUAUGGGACACGGCCGGCCAGGAGCGGUUUCGGACAAUCACGACAGCCUACUACAGGGGUGCCAUGGGUAUCAUGCUGGUCUACGACAUUACCAAUGAGAAGUCCUUCGACAACAUCCGGAAUUGGAUUCGGAACAUUGAAGAGCAUGCCUCUGCAGAUGUGGAGAAGAUGAUACUGGGGAAUAAGUGUGAUGUGAACGACAAGAGACAGGUGUCCAAGGAACGGGGAGAGAAGCUGGCACUCGACUAUGGGAUCAAGUUCAUGGAGACCAGUGCGAAGGCCAACAUCAAUGUGGAGAAUGCAUUUUUCACUCUUGCCAGGGAUAUCAAAGCAAAAAUGGACAAAAAAUUGGAAGGGAACAGCCCGCAGGGGAGCAGCCAUGGAGUCAAGAUCACAGUGGAGCAGCAGAAGAGGACCAGCUUCUUCCGGUGCAGUCUCCUGUGAGGACAAGGUCUCUGCCCAUCCUGAGCCUGCGCUCAGCCCAGCUGACUGUGCCUGCCCCGGGCGAGCCUCCAUCUCCGAUGCUUGGACACGGCUGCCCGGACUCAAUUGAGAAAUUGAUUAUUUUAGUAACCAUCUGAUCUUUUCCACCUUCAGAGAUGGAGCGAGUUAGAAUUUUGCUGUUUUUCCUGUGUCAUCUGCCAGUCAGGCCUAUCCGUCCCCUGCCGCCUUGCCACAGAUGGAGAGAGGUUGGGUGGGGGCACGGCCGCCUCCAUCUCUAGCCUUCUGUCCUUCCACCACAGAAGGGAGGCCAGUGGCAGUGCCCAGCCUGCCUGGCCCCAUACUCCAAGCGCCACCACCAGAGCCACUGAGGGCCAAGCCUGGCACCUGCCUUCACCUGUUCUCAGUUGUGGACAAGUGACAGCCAUGUCCACUGUCUCCUUACUUGUCAAACCAAAGGGAAGCACAAACUAAGGAAAGCCCACUUAGAGGAUUCGGAAGAAGUGGGGAGCUUCCAUGGCCAGAGCAGGACGGGAGUCUGCGAUUCCAGACUGAGGUGACCACCACUCUCCCAUGGCCCGCUGUCAUUGGGCCACCUGCCUCAGUGGCACCAAAACCACCUCCCCGAUCUCCUCCUCUGGCUGGCUCUAAUCGGAUGUUCCUUUUCUAGCUGAGAUGAUUUUUUUAUUUUUCCAGAUUCCUAACACCAUGAAAUGAUUCUGUGUUUGAUUUUCUAGCAGCAAUCCUGGGAGAUUGGGAACCAGCGUGACUGCCCUGUGUCCACGGGCACCUGGUCCCUGAGUCCCAGACAGGCAUUCCAUGGCUCAGUGCUCCCCUGCAGUCUUUACCCAGUUGUGUUGUGACAGCUCUGUCCUCCUGGAGAGACUGAUUGGGACCAGAUGUCUUGGUGGGAGGGUGUCGUCUGGGAGCACCUUUCUUUUUACUCUGACCCUUCCCUCAAGCUGCUGUCAGUCCAGGCUGUCAGUAUCAAAAUCUCUCCCUUUUUUGAAAUUAAAACCAACGUACCAGCAAUAGUCACCCGCCCUCCCCUGGAGUCUCUGAUGUACCAUGUUUACAAUGACCAGUACACUCAGAAAGUCAGAUUAAAGUGCAUUUAAAAAGAA